AUGUCUGUGAUUGGCUCCAUGAAAACAGUGAGGUUUGGGAAAAUAAUGGAGAGGCAAGUGAUAGAAAUUGGGUGAUAGAAUGAAGUGGGGAGGUGUAGUAAAUACGUGAUGGAUAAAAGUUCAUGGAAUGUGGAACGAGAGAUGAGAUGGUGCCAAGACAAGAAGGAGGAGAGACGGAAUGAAGGAGACACUUGCAGGAUUAUUGGAUAAAGUAAGAAUUCAAAGUGAAUUUCAAAUUUAGGGUCAAGGUAGCCGAACUGGAAAAAUUCUCCAAGUCAGAUUUUCUGUCAGUUCGGCUAUUCUAGCCUUAAAUUUGAAAAUCACUUUAGAAAAUAACCCUGAUAUUCAUCUAUAGUCACACUGCAGCUACUCUGACCUUCAUCUAUGGUCACACUGCAGCUCCUCUGACCUUCAUCUAUGGUCACACUGCAGCUACUCUAACCUUCAUCUAUAGUCACACUGCAGCUACUCUGACCUUCAUCUAUGGUCACACUGCAGCUACUCUGACCUUCAUCUAUGGUCACACUGCAGCUACUCUGACCUUCAUCUAUGGUCACACUGCAGCUACUCUGACCUUCAUCUAUGGUCACACUGCAGCUACUCUGACCUUCAUCUAUGGUCACACUGCAGCUACUCUGACCUUCAUCUAUGGUCACACUGCAGCUACUCUGACCUUCAUCUAUGGUCACACUGCAGCUACUCUGACCUUCAUCUAUAGUCACACUGCAGCUACUCUGACCUUCAUCUAUGUCACACUGCAGCUACUCUGACCUUCAUCUAUGGUCACACUGCAGCUACUCUGACCUUCAUCUAUGGUCACACUGCAGCUACUCUGACCUUCAUCUAUGUCACACUGCAACUACUCUGACCUUCAUCUAUGGUCACACUGCAGCUACUCCUGACCUGCAGCUACUCUGACCUUCAUCUAUGGUCACACUGCAGCUACUCUGACCUUCAUCUAUGGUCACACUGCAGCUACUCUGACCUUCAUCUAUGGUCACACUGCAGCUACUCUGACCUUCAUCUAUGGUCACACUGCAGCUACUCUGACCUUCAUCUAUAGUCACACUGCAGCUACUCUGACCUUCAUCUAUAGUCACACUGCAGCUACUCUGACCUUCAUCUAUGGUCACACUGCAGCUACUCUGACCUUCAUCUAUGGUCACACUGCAGCUACUCUGACCUUCAUCUAUGGUCACACUGCAGCUACUCUGACCUUCAUCUAUGGUCACACUGCAGCUACUCUGACCUUCAUCUAUAGUCACACUGCAGCUACUCUGACCUUCAUCUAUAGUCACACUGCAGCUACUCUGACCUUCAUCUAUGGUCACACUGCAGCUACUCUGACCUUCAUCUAUGGUCACACUGCAGCUACUCUGACCUUCAUCUAUGGUCACACUGCAGCUACUCUGACCUUCAUCUAUGGUCACACUGCAACUACUCUGACCUUCAUCUAUAGUCACACUGCUGCUACUCUGACCUUCAUCUAUGGUCACACUGCUGCUACUCUGACCUUCAUCUAUGGUCACACUGCAGCUACUCUGACCUUCAUCUAUGGUCACACUGCAACUACUCUGACCUUCAUCUAUGGUCACACUGCAGCUACUCUGACCUUCAUCUAUGGUCACACUGCAGCUACUCUGACCUUCAUCUAUGGUCACACUGCAGCUACUCUGACCUUCAUCUAUGGUCACACUGCAGCUACUCUGACCUUCAUCUAUGGUCACACUGCUGCUACUCUGACCUUCAUCUAUGGUCACACUGCAGCUACUCUGACCUUCAUCUAUGGUCACACUGCAGCUACUCUGACCUUCAUCUAUGUCACACUGCAGCUACUCUGACCUUCAUCUAUGGUCACACUGCAGCUACUCUGACCUUCAUCUAUGGUCACACUGCAGCUACUCUGACCUUCAUCUAUGGUCACACUGCAGCUACUCUGACCUUCAUCUAUGGUCACACUGCAGCUACUCUGACCUUCAUCUAUAGUCACACUGCAGCUACUCUGACCUUCAUCUAUGGUCACACUGCAGCUACUCUGACCUUCAUCUAUAGUCACACUGCAGCUACUCUGACCUUCAUCUAUAGUCACACUGCAGCUACUCUGA